UUGACAACUAUCACCUCGCUUUACUUCAAAUGUCAACUAUCUCUUGUCGACGAAAUCACUCAACUGCACUUCGGGCCAGUGUCGACGUUCGAUCUUGAGAGUUCUUCAGCUCAUCCGUCAAGUCCACACUUUCAUAUGGUAUGCUAUUCAUCUAUCUCAUUGCUUUGAAUAACAUCAACUCAGAAUAUGUUCACCGAAGCCACAUCACAACAUGGACAUCAUUUCUUUGAACACACCUCAACUCACUGGGCACUGUCAACACCAUAAUCUCAACAUGCCUAUGGAUGGCUGUCGAGUGGUCGGUUUGGAUCAACACAUUAUACCACAUCACACACUACAAAUUGGGUUCUGCCUACAACAUAAUCUCAAUACGCUGAUGGCUGGCUGUUGAGUGGUCGGUUUGGAACACCCAUCAUGUUGUCGUUUGGGACAUAUGAUGGUCUACAAUCUCAGUAUGCUGAAUGGCCGGCUACUGGGUGGUCGUGUUGGAUAAACCUGAUGUCACCAUUGCCAUCACUCAUGAUGUCAAUGAGAGCCUCAUGGCUUCAGUGGUGCACAUCCUUCUUUUUGCGUCCUGUUGCUGCCGCUACUACUACCGCUGCCGCUACUACUGCUGUUACUACUACUACCACUACUACCACUACUACUACUACUGCUGCUGCUGCUCCUACUGCUGCUGUUAUCGAGGAUACGAUAGUGUCGACACUUCACCGCACAUCACAUCACACCAAUUUCAACACAUCACUACACACAUCUCAUGAAAAAUUUACACUACUUCAUUCGACUAUCAACUCGGUUCACACAGCUCACAUCAACUCCAUUUAACCCAACAAGAUGCAACAAACUGCUCUCAUCACUCAUACGAGCACAUGCAUCUUGCAUUCGCAGCAGCAACCAGUAAUCAGUAACCAGCAUACACUACGCAAUACGCUACACUUCACUUCACAUCACAUCACUUCAUGUUUUUGUUCAUCUUUAUUCAGAUAGCGUUGGGGUUCACAAGGGUCUGUCAAUAAAAACCGUCUGGAAUAUCUUGGCUUAGCUUGGUUUGGUUUGGUUUGGCUUGGUUUGGCUUGGUCAAAGUUCUUGGAUACAUAAAACAAUUGAAUAGAAUAUGUAGUUUCGCACAUC